AUGACUUACGCCGGACGCGUCGCAUCCACCAAGACCUCCGGGCAGGUAGAGCAUGCGACUGACGAGCCAGUAGCGGACGAGACGAGGCAGGAGACGAUCUCCCCGAUCGCUAUGGAAGUGGUUCCCUCAGCUGCUUCAGAGGAAGUACAUGACGACCCGUCACGGUAUACACGUGCGCCCGGUGCCAGAACGAGAACUGGAAGCCAACCUGCGAGGCUCACUCUAAGAGAGAAGUACGAGCGUAAGGGGAAGAAAUUGGUGGAAUGUGCAGCGGAAUUGGAACAGGCUCGUCUGGCAUGCGACGCAUACAAGAGGGAACUUCGUGUCGAGCGCGACAAGUCGCAGAGACUAGCCAUACAACGAGAUGACUUGAACAUCAAGUUGUCUGAGAGCACUAACAGCCUCGAGUCCGAGCGGCGUCUGCGCGCUGAUGCGGAAGAUCUGCUCGCCAAACGCAGCGCCGAGCUUGACGCCACGACAGCUUUGCUGCCGACGACGGAGUCUAUCACAGACACUCGUAUCGUGGGCCUCUUCCGAGACCUCAACUACGAACUGGCUCAGUCCGCGACCACUGUUGCUGAGGCAUAUGAGGGCAUUACUCGGCGGACGCGGGGGCCACCAGGUGUCCAAGCUAGCCUCAAAUCACGUCUCGAGGCUUGUGGCGCACUUCCCCUCCUCAAGCCAUCAUCGAAGAGCACGGUCGACCCUACGACGGCGUUACAGAUAGGACUCCAAGCGAUAUUGAUUGACUUCGCGCGUACCUUUUUGAUCGAUGACGUCUACCAGAACGCUCAAGGGCUAAAACCCAUUCUCGCCGCGCUGAAGAAUAAUGAGCAGGAGCUCGUGGCCAGCAGAUGGUCGUCACUGGCACACCAGUACGCGCGCAAUACCGCGGAAGGGCAAUCUCAGCCGCAGCAGUUGUCGCGGCGUCUGGCUGAUGCUCUCGGCGAAGCGCUGAUGGUGGCGGGCUACGAAACCGGGGAAGGCGCAUCCGCGUCCGCUCGUGGAGAUCUUGUUUUAUUGAAGGUUGAGGAUACGCUGCUGGGUGUAGCGCGACUGCUUCUUGAGCUAGACGUGAUAUUGGGCGAGAAGGUAUCGGUGGGCUGGAUGGAGAGCAUCGUGGUCCCUCAUGGCGAGUCGUUCCAAAAGGACUCGAUGGAUGCAGCGUUCCAGGGCGAUGGUCCUUCGAAAAGCGAGAAGGUCGUAUGUUCGACAGCGUUGGGUUUGCGUCGCACUGUCAAAGGGGAGUCGACUAUUCUUUUGAAGCCAAUGGUUGCGUUGAGCUCCCUACUCCGGAGUUCAACUGCGCGGCCAAGUGCGCGGCCCAGCCAUCGUGGCCGGCGCGGUGGGAGGCCGUCGAGAGGAUGA